AUGGAUAAUACUAGGCAUUUUGUGUUGGUUCAUGGAGCAUGCCAUGGAGCAUGGUGUUGGUAUAAGGUUGUUGCUCUACUGAAAUCAUCUGGACAUAAAGUCACAGCAUUAGACAUGGCUGCUUCUGGUAUCCAUCCAAAACAAGUGCAUGAGCUUGAUUCUAUUACAGAUUAUAAUGAACCCUUGAUUGAAUUUUUAAGGUCACUGCCACAAGAUGAGAGGGUAAUCCUUGUUGGUCAUAGCUCUGGUGGGAUUGAUAUAUCUAUGGCUAUGGAACUUUUUCCAAAGAAAAUUGCAGUUGCUGUAUUUGUUGCAUCUAUAGUGCCUUCUCCUGAUCUAGGCUUCGUGACUAUCCGCAAGGAGUUUCCUCAAAGAUCGAAUUUUAACUUGGAAUCAAAGAUCAUAUUUGACAAUAGCUCAAAUAAUAAAUCAAAUGGAUCCAUAAUACAUGAGCCACAAUUCUUAGCAUCCAAUAUGUAUCAAUUAUCUCCACCCGAGGACUUGUCUCUUGCAAUGUUAUUACGAAGGCCUACUCGUACAUUUGGUGAUCAAGAACUAUUGCAAGAGAAAACAUGUGUCACAAAAGAUAAUUACGGAACUGUUGCUAAAGUCUGUGUUGUGUGCCAACAAGACAAGUUGUUAAAGUAUGAUUUUCAAUUGUCAAUGGCUGAACGAAAUCAUACGAAUGAUGUCAAAGUGAUUCCUGAUGCUGAUCACAUGCCCAUGUUCUCUAAACCUCAAGAGCUAUCUGCAUAUCUUCAAAAAAUUGCAGAAACAUAUUAUUAG